AUGGAUCUUCCCAGUGCCUGGCGCCGUCAGGGGCAGGAGCUUUUGGAGAAACUCACAGCUCAAUGCAACGGCAAAGGCGCAGGGUCCAUGUCAUCGGCCAUAUACGACACAGCAUGGCUCUCUAUGCUGCGACGGCCAGUGGACUCUACAUCUGGUGCGACUCAGCUUGGCGACUGGCUGUUUCCAGAGUGUUUCUCAUUCUUGGUUACACAACAGCUUCCGACUGGAGGCUGGGAAUCGUACGCCACCCAUGUAGAUGGUAUUUUGAACACAGCCGCAGCCUUGCUGUCUAUUCUGAAGCAUCUUCAGACCCAGCCUGAUAACCAUGAUUGGCGAAUCCGAUCCCAGAAUGCUACCAGGGCCUUGGAACAAAUGUUAGGUGAAUGGGACAUACACUCCACAGACCAAGUAGGUCAGGAGAUUUUGGUUAUUUCCUUAUUGCAAUUGCUGGAAAAGGAGGGUGUUCUAGUAGCAUUUCCACUAUUUGGUGAAUUGCGGACUAUUCGAGAUGCCAAGCUAGCUAAGCUUCCUGCCUCUUCAGUGUACAAGAAUCGAUCCACAUUAUAUCACUCACUGGAAGCUUUCAUCGGCCACAUCGACUUUGACCGAGUAAAGGACCGGAGGGAAACAAACGGGUCGUUGAUGAACUCCCCUGCGGCUACUGCUGCUUACUUGAUGAAUGCUACAUCUUGGGACGUUCAGUCAGAAGCAUACCUUCGGGAUGUUGUAGACCGCGAUGGUGGUAUCCAUUGCGGAGGAGUGCCAUGUGCCUGGCCUACAACCAUCUUUGAGAUUAGUUGGGUCGUACCUGUGCUUGCUGAGGUUGGUGUGCAGCCAACCGAGCAAGACUCGGCUGGGAUUGCUAAAGUCUUGAUGGAUGCACUUUCUCAGUAUAAUGGUGUCCUCGGCUUUGCUGCUGGCAUUCUUCCUGACGUUGACGACACAGCUAAAGGGAUAGAGACACUUGAGCUCUUGGGCCAUGGUGGCAGUACCAGCAUAGAGCCUCUAAUCCACGCUUUUGAAGGCGAGCAACACUUUCUGACAUACAAGGGAGAACGUACCCCUAGCGUUAGCGCCAACUGUAACGUUCUCUCUCUGCUUCUAUUGAGGGAAGACCGUGCGCAGUACGUGCCUCAAAUCGCCAAAGCAGCGAGCUUUGCCAUAAACCUGGCAUACAACGGGCACGUAAAGGAAAAAUGGCAUCGCAGUGAGCUGUACUGGAUAAUGCUUCUCGCCCGUGCCUUUGCACUGUUUUACGACCAUGAGGAUAUCAUUGAGGCUGUAUUCGAAAUGCAUCCAAACCUGCGGGAGCAGGUACCCAUGGUUUUAAUCCAGAUCCUUAUGCGUAUACUACAUGAUCAGCAAGCAAAUGGAUCUUGGAGCGAAUGCUGUGAGAUUACUGCGUAUGGCAUCUUGACGCUCUCUUCGCUCGUGAAAUUACCCUUUGUCCGUCAACUACACAAGGGCAAUCUAAUCGCUUCAAUGGCGAUAGGAAAGUCUUACCUGGUAUCUAACAGACAGAGCUGGAGCAAGAGUCGAUUCAUGUGGAUUGAAAAAGUGACAUAUGGCUCAAAUACACUCAGCGAAGCAUACUGCCUGGCUGCCUCGCUGACUCCUAUGCCGGCAGUGAUUGAGCCUGAGCCUUCGAGCGCGAUUUCAUCAUGGUCAGAAGCCAACGGACUCUUGAUUCCCGAGAAGCAGUUGCUUGGAAUGAUGAAGACGGGAGAUCUUUUGGCUCGUACCCCUCUAUUCCUUGGCACCACGCCCAGCAGCUUGCGAAUGGCGGAAAUGCAGGCUUGCUUUGCCAUGCAGGCGCUGCAACGCCGACCUUUGGACAUCUUCCCAAGAACGGCCAAGGGGAAAGACAAGUACGCCUUCAUCAUCCCGCUCGCCCUGACGUUGUGCGCCCAGUCUCGUGGGUGUUCAGUCAGUGUCUCCACCUUGUACGAGAUGAUGGUCCUAUCUAUACUCAAUUUCCAUGUUGAUGAGUACAUGGAGGGAGUAGUUGAAAGACAUUUUGGGGAGGUACUCGAUGAUGUCCGCACACUUGUUGUACAGAUAGUUGAUGUUUAUCACGAUAGCGACGGUGAAAGAGACUUGACGUUGACGGAAGCAAGCAAAGAGGAGUCAAAUGCAUUACAAAACGGCGGGCACAAACAAAUCGGAGGUACCAGUGGCCAUGAUGAAGUUAAUGGUUCGGAGAGGAAGCCCUCUUUAGGGGAUGUUGGCGCCGUCUUGUCUCGCUACUUGGAUCACAUCCUCAACCAUACAGCGGUCCUUUCGGCGUCCUCAAGGCAUCAACAGCGACUUGCUACAGAUUUAAAGACAUUUCUGUUGGCUCAUAUCACACAGGCCGAAGAUAAUUGUCGCUUUCGCGGACAGUUCGCUACUCAGAGCGGCGUUUCAAACGGCAGCAAUGGCACGCACGUGGUAGAAAGCAUACCACGGCAAUACCACAAGCCGGGGCGCUCGUUCUACAACUGGGUGCGUGGUACGUCGGCCGACCACACUUCUUGCCCGUUCUCCUUUGUUUUCUUCGAGUGUCUCGUUCUGGCGACGAAAUAUGAUGGUGGCAAGACGCGUCCCGCCGGUACGUUGGCAUCGGCUCGCACUGCCUACCUCGCGGAGGACGCCUGUCGUCAUCUGGCUACCCUUUGUCGCAUGUACAAUGACUACGGGUCAAUGGUACGUGAUUCUGAGGAGAUUUCUCUCAAUUCGGUCUGCUUCCCAGAGUUCUCGGAUCUCGCCACAGGCCAAACACACACAAGCGAGACGGCCAAGUCAGAGCUCUUGUUGAUUGCAGGGUACGAAAGGCAUGGGCUUGGGGUCGCCCUCAAUGAGCUGGAGAAAGAACUUGGGUCUGGCAACUUGAUGACAUCUCUGAGAAUGUUUGUAGAUGUUACGGAUCUGUACGGCCAGAUAUACGUAUUGAAGGAUGUUGGUACACGCACGCAGUAG